AUGCACCUGCUUUACAAAGCAUUGACCAGUGCCUCGAUACCUCCACUCCCGCUACCGCCGCGUGAUUACGCCGACUCGGCCGAGGAUGUCGACACGCACAGCAUAGGCGGCGUGAUCGUCGCGUCUGUCGUGCCCGCGACGGCGAUUUCGACGAUGUUUGCUCUGUCGCGGUUGUUCGUCCGGGGGUGGAUUCAAAAGAAAGUGCACUUUGACGACGGAAUUCUUCUGGCUGCGGUGAUAUCGGGAUGGACAUCGACAGCAACGACAUUGAAGGCCGUCGCGAUCGGCCACGGGAGGCACGUCGCAUCGCUGAGCGACCAUCAGAAGGAGGCGAUUUUGCACUGGACCGUCAUGGCUUUCUCCUUCGGCAUUUUUGCUCUGAUACUGCCGAAGAUCGCCGUGGUCGCUCUCAUGAACCGACUCCUUCAACCUAAGAGGGGACAACGCUUGUUCCUGUGGGCUCUUGUUGCAUUCUGCUCACUAGGACUGCUUGGAAACGUCCUGGGAUUAUAUACGCAAUGUUCACCGUCUCAAGCUGAGAUGUCAUUCAUGACAAAAGCUUGUCUAGGACCAGACAUGGCCGUGGAAUAUUCAAUAUCAACUAGUGCGAUAUCUGCGGCAACAAAUGCAUAUCUCGCAGUUUAUGUGGCUUUCUCGAUACGCAAGCUUCAUUUCGCGAGACGGAAACUUUUAGGAGUGCUGAUAUCGAUAGUGCUGGGCGCUGUUGCUUUGAUAACUGCCAUAUUCAAAUGCACGAGAUUGAAGUCAUUAGGUAGCCCUGACUUUACCUACGACUCCGCUGACCUGGUCAUCUGGACAAGUCUCGAGGCCGAUGUGGUCAUCAUCGCUGUAUGCAUACCAGCGAUGCAGCCUCUGAUUGACCAUCUCUUGCCACAUCCGAGUGACGCAAGCACACUAUCCUCUCACGCCCCGACAUCGCCAACAUCCUUCACUCCACGCAAGAAGCUAUGGAGCAUCAGCCACGACCCAGAAGCAGGAAGAGACUGGGACACGGAGAUUCAAAUCCCAGAGAUGAUCAUGGUCGAGCGAGAAUUUGAGAUCAACGUUACAAGAAGCGUACAUACAUGGACGCCAGACACGAACCCAUCGGCAGUGACGGAUGAUGAGAAGUUCCGGAUAGUGAAGGAUCAAGGGCCGGACGGAACUGUCACGACGACGGUGGUUGUGAUGUCUUCGGCACCGGCCGACGUUACGAGAUUCCCGCAAGCUUGA